CUCAUCCUCAAACAAACCAGUCUCGCGUCUUUCAAUCGGGAGGAGGGGGUUCGGAUCCGUCGCAGAGUCUCCGCGCCAUUGCCCCCCCAAUCUACAGCGCAAACUACAGGAGCAGCCUCAGAUGGAUCAUCAAAUUUUUUGAGAUCUUAUAAUGUUGUCUGGCUAUAGGGCUGCGCAGCUGUACACCCUCAAGCUUUGCUCCUGUGAGCUGAAUACAGUGAUGGCAAGUCGGGUCACUCAGGGGCUGCUGUUUGUUCAGGAUGAGAAUCAAGUUGCUCAUCGCAAAAAGGGUACUGGUGAUGGAGCAACUAGGAGUUCUAAGACUGUUGCGAAGAAAGGUGAAGGGGGUUUGGGAAGUCGUAAAGCACUUCAGGACAUUACAAACAAAUCGUCCCUUCAUCCUGAAGCAUCAAUAAAGAAAAAGGAUCCACAGAAGGAAGAAUUUAAUGUAGCUGAGGAGAUGUUUUUGCACGACCACCAAAAGUGCAUUGAGGCACAACGAGCGGCCUUCAACAAUUUUGACUUGAACUUGGUUCUUCCUGGUCAUGAUUCUGUGUCUACUGCAGAACGUUCAGAAUCUGAACAGGCAAAGGCUGAGGUAUUGCAUCAGCAAAUAAGGCAUUUUUUCUUUCUUUUUGGCCAUUGCAAAGCACACAUUAUUCUAUUGACUGUUAGCAGCAUACCCUAUGCUGAUUAUGAUAGCCCUCGCUGCUACCCUGAGCCAUCUGAACUUCCCAUGGAUGAGUUUUCUGAUUGCUUUGAAUAUUCAACACAAUGGAGUUCUCCUCCGUGUUCACCAAUGCUCUGGGACACUCCAACAUCUUGUGAAUAUGCAUGGCAAUUUGAGGAUGUGGAAUUUGUCCUCAAGCAAGAGACUGACUUUUGAAUUUUAUUUUGUUAUUUGGCAGCAUCUGCUUGUUUAUUGCACGAAGCAGCACUGUACUGGACUCUUGUAAGCACUACUAUGAUUUUCUAGUCUAAUAUGCCGAAUUUCAUGCACUGCAA